AUGGACCAAGGUGAUUCGCAACUCGGAAAGCGAAGCGAGCCCCCGCGCUUCCCCGACGUGCCCGAGGCCUCCAUUCCGACCGUGUGGGACGACACCGUGCCGCUCAUCUACACCACCGCGCCCGGCGUCAAGCCCGGCCACGUGUGGCUCUUCGGCCAGGGCGUGCUCGUGAACGAGUCCGACCCACAGCCGCUGCAGUGCGUGCUGGGCGGAGUCGCGCGGCCGAUGGUGCGGUCGAAGCGGUUCUGGUACACCAAAUUCACCACGGCCUUCCUGUGCGAGUUGCCCUCGCCGCCGGGGCUGGUUGAGGGCGGAGCCCUGCUCACCAUCCUCCACCGCGGCGCGCCGGCGCCCUCCACCGCGCGCUACCGCCCCGAGCUCUUCGUCGACAGCGUCAAGAGCGACAAUGCGGACAGUGUCGACGUCGUCGGGCCACUACGCUACGGCACGUGCAUGGUGACGCAGAUGCGGGACAUGGCCUACAUGGUCGACGAGUGGGUGGCCUACCACCGCCACAUCGGCAUCGACCACUUCUACAUCUACGACAACAACUCCACCGACCACCUCGCCGCCCUCUACGGCCACGGCCACGAUGACAUCGAGGUGAUCCCAUGGCCCUGGCGGCGGCCUACUCGCACGCGCUGGCCUUCGCCCGUCCAAGGUACCGUCGCCCACGUGCUCGAUCGUUACAAGUGCUCGGUGUCGUCGGUGGUGGAGCUGCGCUUCGAGGGCCUGCGCCCGAGCCACGACAAUCUCACCACCUGCCCCGACACACCGGUGAUCGAGACCUACAUACACCGCAGGCCCGACAAGAACGCCUACGACCUGGGCUUCGGGCUGGUCAUGUCAUCGGCCGCCGACGCCCUCCACCACAUCCACUUUGCCGAGCUCCAGUCCCACCGCAAGUCGGUGAAGGUGGCGCAUGACGUGGCAUUCGGGUACCACUUCAGCGACCGGUGCUGGCCGCAGUACUAUCGGCAGAAGUGCUUCGGAAGGGGCAGCAUUCGCGACUGGGACAUCCCCAACGACGUCGACGAGACCCACCCGAAAAAGGAGUGGUGGGACAUCGGCAAGCAUGCGGUGGUGACCGACACGCGGCUGCGCGACUUCAAGCGGACACUGGUCGGCCCCGCGCCCGCGCCCGUGAUCAGACGCGCGCCAUUCGACUACACCUGCGGUUAA